GGAAGUCUCCAGGUACACCUCCGAACCCACACCGAGGAGAAGCCCUUCAGGUGCGACGUGUGCGACUACAGGUGCACCACGAGUGGAAGUCUCAAGUUACACCUCCGCACCCACACCGGGGAGAAGCCCUAUGGUGAAAGAAGGGAGCGCGGUGCAGGUGCGUUGUGUGACAAGAAGUUUGCGCGACGUGGCUGUGCGCGUUCUCACCAUCGCGCGGGAGAACAACAUCAGUCUCAACACGAAUGCCCCGUAUGCAACAGGAAACUUCAGGGUAGCAGUACGCUUCGUAUACACAUGCGCAUCCACACAGGAGAGAAGCCGUAUGAAUGUAAUGUUUGCAACAAGAAAUUUGCAAACAGUCACAGUCGGAAAGUGCAUCUCCGAACCCACACGGGGGAGAAACCUUUCGAGUGCACAGUGUGUGAGAGGAAGUUUGCGCAAAGCGGUGAUCUCCAAAGACAUGUGCGCACACACACAGGAGAAAAGCCCGCUGAAUGUACCGAGUGCGGCAAGAAAUUUGCUGACAAAAAGGGCCUGCUCGUCCACAGCCGGACCCACACCGGAGAGAAGCCUUACGGGUGCAACGUGUGCGACUACAGGUGCACCAUGAUUGGAAGUCUCAAGUUACACCUCCGCACCCACACCGGGGAGAGGCCCUUCGGAUGUCCGCUGUGCGACAAGAAAUUCAUGUCGAAUGCACACCUGCGCGAACAUCUAAAAACGCAUACAGGAGAAAAGACCUACGAGUGCUCUCUAUGCAACAGGAAAUUCAGUGGAAGUUGGGCAUUGCGACGUCAUCUCCAAACCCACACAGGAGAGAAGCCUCACGAGUGUACUGUCUGUGACAUGAAAUUUGCACUAAGAAGCAGUAUGAAAACGCAUAUCCGCCGUGUCCACACCGGAGACAGGCACUUCGAGUGUUCUUUUUGCAACAAGAAAUUUACCGACAGUAGUUAUCUGCGCAGCCACCACCUCACACACACAGGAGAGAAGGCCUUCGAGUGCAGUGUGUGCAAAAAGAAAUUUAGUGAAAGUGGAAAACUGAAAGUUCAUCUCCGAACCCACACCGGAGAGAAACCUUUUGAGUGCUCUGUUUGCAACAAAAGAUUUGCGCAUUCUUCGAGCCUGAAAGGACACGUUAUCCGAGUCCACACAGACUCCUCAAGAAAGCAAGUCAAAUGUACGGUUUGCGACGGGAACUUUUGGACAGACAAUGAGUUACGUUCACACCUUCGAACGCACACUGGUGAGAAGCCGUUCCAGUGUUCUGUCUGUCAGGACUCAUUUUCGCAUUCAUCCACGUUGCGAACGCACCUACUCCGCCGCCACCCCGCAGGAGAGAAGCCAUAGCGUCCAGUUGUCCAGUGCGGCCAGAAAAUUGUGCGUAGACGCCGUCGUCUUCAAACGACUUCAAUAAGUCAUUUCUAAAAAAAGGGGUUUUACUUGUUUGUUGAAUACUAAAAACAUUUU